GAGAGAGAUGGAAGGCGAGAGCUCGUAUCUAUGAACCUUUAGAAGUAUCUUUAAGUUUCACCGGCUUACUUACUGCUACGGUUAAGAGAAAACCGCAUCAGUUUGCGAGACAAUCUUAACGCGUGUGCAUCGACACUCUUUUGGUAUUUCUUCAUACUUUUUUUUUUAAUUUAAAAAUUUAUUGUUUAAAAAUAUUUGACAAAAGUGGAGUUUUUUUUUAUUAAAUUAAAUUAAGUUAAAUUUAAUUAUUUAAUUUAUUUUUUAAAUUAAUGAAUGAACUGGGAAGAAAUUAUUAGAGUGUGUAAUAAAAAUAGGAAGAAUAUUAUAUUUAUUAUUCUUGUGUUUAUGGUUUGGUUUGUGCAUUACUGGGAUAAGCGGAGAGCAAAGAGAGUUUAUUUGUUUAAUCAUCAUUGAUAAUUAUAAUUAUUAAUUAAUUUUGUGGGAAAAAUUAAUUGAGAAUUUAAAGAGUUUUUUUGAAAUGCUGAGCACUUUGGUGUUCAAGCUUUUGAAGAAAUGACGCGGACUUUUGUACUAGAAAAUUUUUUAUAGAAGAGUUUAAGUUACGAGGAAUUAUGGAUAUGGAUAGAGGAUUACAAUUGUUAUUGUUAUUACUAUUAGCGGUAGUUGCAAUUGGAAACUGUCUGACAUUUGACUCGAGAUUGAGCGGCUCGAAAAAUUCGAGGAGAAAUCACAAGUAUCCUCAUCUUAACGGCGAGGAAGCUGUGCUUUCAGCAGCGGCAGCAGUAGCCGUCGCAGCAACCGCGGAUUAUCAUCCAGAUUAUCUACCCCAAGAGUCAAUUUCUCAAUUUACUACCAGCAAUAAUAAUAAUAAUAAUAAUAAUAAUAAUAAUAAUAACGAUAAUAAUAAUAACCGCGAAGAAGAAACUGAAUACCGAGGCGGAAAGCUCAUAGGAAAAUGGCGGAGUACGGGCGAAGCAAUCGAGCCAAAAUGGCGGGACGGCGACUCAGUUCCACUAGUUCCCUUCGAAGAGGCCGCCACUAGACGAAAAGUACCUAAACCGCGGGAAAAAACAAACCCUUAUAGUAUUAAUUAUUCGGAAAAUGUCAAAGAAGUCGGAAAAGUUCAUCAAGAUCAGGGAAAAGUACCAAUACUUAAUUUUCCUUUGGUAAUUACUGAUAAGCCAGGAGUAGUAGAUGGCAGUAAAUUUUAUCAAAACGGUGGAAUUCCAACUCCAGUGAUAUUAAAAACUCCUCAAUUACCAGUUGCUAUUCCUGUUACAGUACCGUUGAAUCAUGAGCCAAUAACAAAUAAAUUACAUGAAUUACAUCUUGCUAAAUUACGGUAUUUAAAUAUACCAUUAACAAAUAUUAAUUUACCAAUACCUGAAAUUAUUUCUUCUUCUGAAAUAACUCCACAUAAUUAUUAUUAUACAACUCAUGAAAAUAAUAAUAAUAAUAAUAAUAAUAAUAAUAAUUUAAGAAAUGGAAAUAAACGUUAUCGUACCAGGAAACCAAAGCCUGUAACUAAAUUACCGGAAGAAGAUUCACAUACUAGUUACGUAGAACAAACUAUUCAAACAAGUUUAUCUACAACACCUAUAACAAGGCCUACUUUAAGUGUAACAACUCCAACAACUCCAAUAACUCCAAGUACAACUAUUACAACAACGACUAUUUCUUCAUCAUCAUCACCAUCAACAACAACAACGACGACAUCAAGACCUACCACUGUUAGUACCAGUUCCAGUGCAAAUCCAAGUACAUUGACAUCAAAUACAAGUACGGAAAAAGCAAAACAGGUUACGCGUACCAGCGAUUGGGUCAAUCCAUUCGGGAACAAAAACGAGUACGAGGUGAAUGACGAAGAAUACCAGCGACCCCGGCCUAGAAAACGCAGACCGCCUAGCAAUUACGAGUUCCAGGUCGAGCGAAACAGGGAGUUGGAUUCUGAGCGCCGGAGAAACAGGACCAAGGUAACCUCUUCAACUUCAGCUCCAAUUCCUCAGGAAGAAAACUCGGAAUUAAAGUCCUUGCUGAAGAUGCAGCAGGUUGAAGGCAGCAGCUUGUCCGAAGUCUUGCAGCGGAAGAACUUAAGCUUGAGCGACUUGCUCAAGAAGAAGUCGGAAGUUAUUAGCGCGUUGAAGAGCAAGGAGUCUGAUUAUGAAGCAGACAGUGGGUUUAAUAAUAUUACCAGUUUGUUUAAUAAUACUGAUGCUGGUGGGGGUAAGAGUAGUGAAGUGGAAGAAAAUGGAAGAAGAAAUAGCACUGGUAAUAAUGUAGAUAAUGUUGGGAAGAUUAAGAAUUCUGGUAAAGAAUCUAAUGAACGACGGUGGCGACGGCCAUUUAGACGCAACAAAUUGCGCGUUAAUUCAAGAACAUCUACAUCUAGAUCUCCAGUUUUAAAAGAAGAAAUCACGGAUGAAUUAGAUAAAAAAAAGCUAACUCAAGAACCUAAUGAGAGAAAGUACGAAAAACUUUCAACAACUAAAUUACCUUCGCCUAUAAUAUUUCCACGGCUGAAUUCCUUUACCAAGAAACCAGCGUCUACAUCAGCUCAACCACCAAGUGCGAUAACAACAGCGAUUAUUGAAGAAGCCGUUCCAGCUGAGGAGACAACUAACGAGGAGCAAUCAACCACGACCCAACCCGACGAUGAGAUAAUGGAGUUUUCUGAUUUUUCAACGAUUCCUUCAGACAUUGAGGAUAGCACCGAAAGUAGCAAAGAUUCUUCAGUGACUGAACGAAUCGGAAACACAAUUUUUGCCAAAUUUGAAGACUUGACCAGAGAAGUAGGGUCUACUCUAAGCAUCGAGCACAUUCUGACCACCCAGCCGCCAACUAAGCCUACUAAAGUCGAGUAUGCUGACGACAAGUCUAACAAUCUCUUUGAAUCUGAUGAUUAUCAGAAUGAUGGAAAGGAUACUGAAGCUACAACUCUAGCUCUAGGGGUUGAAGAUUAUGAAACUGGAAGACCUGGGCAAGUUUAUGAAAAAAUAGUUUCUAAAAUGGAGCCUGAAGUCCGAGCGGAGAUUUUUGAACUUAUUAGUACUGGCUCUAGUGCUAAGAGACUUGAAGAUAUUCUAAGUUCUAGGAAUAUGAGCAUUGACGAGUUGAUCGCUUUGAGACAGCGCGGGUCCAGUCAAGUACAUUUAGCAGAAAUUUCGAGGAUUAGGCCGGAAAAUUUGAAGAAUUUUGAAGAAAAUGAAGGUGUUACGGAAGGUUCUGAAGUUUUUGAGGAUAAAAUGGAGGAAGAGGGUAAGAAAGAGCCGAUUGUUAUCGAUUUGUUUGGUGGUAAGCCUGAAGAAGGUAAGAAGAUUGAUGAUAAGGGUGGUAAGGAAGUUUUUGAUCUGGAGGAUUUGUUAAAAGCUUUUGACUCGCUGCCUUUUGGAAGAAAUUUGACUAUUGAUGGGGAAAUUGUGGAGAAGGUUUCUACGGUUACUUCUACGUCGACGACAGAGUCUUUGAAGUAUCAAGUUAGGAAUUUUGAUGAUCUUAAGGCGAAGUUUGAAAAAGUAGAUGAUAUUGGUGAUAAUUUGAAGGAAGAAAAUUUGAAAAUUGGAAAAGAAGUUAGUGAUAAAAGAUCUGGGAAGAAUAUUCAAGUGGAAGGAAAAUUAAUAGAGCAGGAAAUUGGAGCGGUUGAAGAAGUAAUUCGUGAAUUGGAGAGUUUAGAAGCUGGGGCUGAGAAGACUCCAGAAGUUUUUAAUGAAGAAGAGAAGAAAACUUUGUCAAGGGUGAGACCUAGUAUUAUUGCAAGUGGAGCGAUUCUUGGGUUAACUAUUGUUGGGUUUCUGGUGAUCUUCAUUGUCUGCAGGAUAAAGCAGAAGCAGAGGUACAGGUACAAGAAUUCUUUCGCGAAAACUGUUUUUCAAGCACCGGCUAUUAAUAGGAAGCUGUCGAAUUCUAGUAGUCUUAACACGAUUAUGGUUAAUGUGGUCGCGACUUCGACUACUAAACGUAUGGUUCAGCAAGAGACUCAGCAAGUUGAAGAGCGCUUUGAUUGUAAGAGCGAUAUUGAUAAUGACUCGCUGGAUGCUAAUGAUAGUUGGGAGACUAUUCCUGAUUUUAUGAAGUGAUCUAGGUUUAUCUAGCAGUAUUUGUAGAAAAUUACGCAAGGCUGAUUGUUUUUUUUUUUAUUAAGUUAAAUUUUGUAAUUAAA